GGAUGAAUCAAAUGGCCUUGGCCGCCUUCCGGAGCACGUGAGGGGUCUGUGCGGCGAUCAAAAGCUGACCCGUAACCGGCACCUUUGUUCUUGACGCCCACCUCGCACGACGAUGCCAGCUCAAUCUUACGAGCUGUACCGGGCGUCGAGUAUCGGCAUGGCCCUCACCGACUCUCUCGACGAGCUGAUUACCAGUGGGGCGAUUACACCUCAGCUUGCGAUGAAGGUGUUGCAGGUUUUCGACGAGGCAAUCUACGAGAAGCUAGCGAAGACCGUUGGUACUGGACCCGAGAAGGCGAAAGCUACUCUCAAGGGGAAGAUGAAGACCUAUCGUAACUGCGAUGACGUUUGGACGUUCUGGCUCAAUAAUGUAACCCUUAAGGUCGAUGGGCCCCAGGACUUUACGGUUCCAAAGAUGAAGAUCAUCGCGUGCAAACACGAGGAUACUGGAGAUGGUAGCUCGAAGAAGUAGUGACCUACCGUUCUGGAGCUCAAUGCUUCCCGCAUCUCGGUCUGGAGCUUAUGAUCUUCCUGAGCAUUCUAUCACUCAAUGUAUUACUGACUAUUCCUUCGUGGAUGUAUUAUACAACCUUAUAACAUAGGUCCGAGGUUUAAACAUCGAGCGACUCCGACUGUAAAGCGUGCAGAUGAAUGGAGAAACUAUCUCCUUUAUACGCUGGCCAUAGUAUCGACUGCGACGUCAUUCAUGGUCGUCCCAAUGCGUGAUGCGGGUAUCCCACUCCUGCUCAUUCUAGGAACCCUCCUCUUCCGUCAAGAGGCUUACAAAGGCGUUUCGUUCACGACAAAUCGUUCCAUGGAAGCCGACCGCCGUCUACGUUCUUGCAUCAGCAAUGCAUGCAUGCAC